CGGGAGAAUGGAGAGAGGGGAGAGAGGGGGGAGACGGGAGAGUGGGGAGAGGGGAGAGAGGGGAGAGGGGAGAGAGGGGGGGACGGGAGAGUGGGGAGAGGGGAGAGAGGGGGAGAGGGGAGAGAGGGGGGAGAGGGGAGAGAGGGGGAGACGGGAGAGUGGGGAGAGGGGAGAGAGGGGGAGAUGGGAGAGUGGGGAGAGGGGAGAGAGGGGGGAGACGGGAGAGUGGGGAGAGGGGAGAGAGGGGGAGACGGGAGAGUGGGGAGAGGGGAGAGAGGGGGGAGACGGGAGAGUGGGGAGAGGGAGAAAGGGGGGAGACGGGAGAGUGGGGAGAGGGGAGAGAGGGGGGAGACGGGAGAGUGGGGAGAGGGGAGAGAGGGGGGAGACGGGAGAGUGGGGAGAGGGGAGAGAGGGGAGAGGGAGAGAGGGGGGAGACGGGAGAGAGGGGAGACGGGAGAGAGGGGGAGGGGAGAAGAGGGAGAGAGGGGAGAGGGGAGAGAGGGGAGAGGGGAGAGAGGGAGAGAGGGAGAGAGGGGAGAGAGGGGGAGAGGGGAGAGAGGGGGAGACGGGAGAGAGGGGAGACGGGAGAGAGGGGAGACGGGAGAGAGGGGAGACGGGAGAGAGGGGAGAGGGAGAGAGGGGAGAGGGGAGAGAGGGGACAAGAGGGAGAGAGGGGAGAGGGGAGAGAGGGGACAAGGGGGAGAGAGGGGAGAGGGGAGAGAGGGGAGAGGGGAGAGAGGGGAGAGGGGAGAGGGGAGAGGGGAGAGGGGAGAGGGGAGAGGGGAGAGGGGAGAGGGGAGAGGGGAGAGGGGAGAGGGGAGAGGGGGAGAGGGGAGAGGGGAGAGGGAGAGGGGAGAGGGGAGAGGGGAGAGGGAGAGGGGAGAGAGGGGAGAGGGGAGAGGGGAGAGAGGGGAGAGGGGAGAGGGAGAGGGGAGAGGGGAGAGGGGAGAGGGGAGAGGGGAGAGGGGAGAGGGGAGAGGGGCAAGAGGGGAACGACGGACUGCUCUGCUCUCAGCUUUAAUCGCAUUCCCUUGUCUCCCA